CAUUCAUUGUUCAAAUUUCUCACUUUUUGUGUUUUCUUUUCUAUUCUUCUUCAUCUUUCAUCGCUUCCGCACAGUACAAGGUUCUUAGUUCAUACAAAGCGACGUCGUUUAACACUUCUCUACUCACAACAGCAUCUAGCAGGUUGUUGAAAAUAUGGCCAAGCAUCAUCCUGAUUUGAUCAUGUGCCGUAAGCAGCCAGGAAUUGCUAUUGGACGACUGUGCGAGAAAUGUGACGGCAAGUGUGUGAUAUGCGACUCUUACGUGCGUCCAUGUACACUUGUUAGGGUCUGCGAUGAAUGCAACUAUGGAUCGUUUCAGGGUCGAUGUGUCAUAUGUGGAGGAGUAGGAAUUUCCGAUGCUUACUACUGCAAGGAAUGCACACAACAGGAGAAAGAUAGGGAUGGUUGCCCCAAAAUUGUUAAUUUAGGGAGUGCUAAAACUGAUUUAUUCUAUGAACGCAAGAAGUAUGGUUUUAAGAAAAGAUGAAGAGGAUGAAUACAACAUUUGUAUUUCUAUUAAACAUUUACUCAUUGUAUGCCAUGAUCUGAUAUCUGCAUUAUAGGAUGAUGUUUAUUCAACCUUGUGCAUGUAAACUUUUAUAUCUGGCACAAUCGUCGUGUGUUUAGUUACUAUUAUUAUCAUUAACCCUCAUUUCCCUA